AUGCGGCGACGAUCGGAGUCCCAGCUGUCUUCCCCGGAAUCCACCCGGCAAUCCGCCAAAUCAAAGAAUAAAGGCCACGCCGCGAAGAUUUCAGAGUUCCGGGACGUGGAAAACCAUAUCAAGCCCGUUAGUCCCCGCCGCCGCACCCGUCGAUCUUCCAGUACUUCGCUGGAUCAGCGAUUCACCGAAUCUGCGGCGCAGCAAAGGCGCGGCCAAGCGCCCAAUGUGGAUUUGCCGCCGCCCAAAGUCAAUGUCAAAUCAGACAGGCAUUCACGCGAAAAUGUACUUGACAGUGUCGAGAUCACCAAAGUGAACGAGACUGCUGGUGAGGCUAUUCGUUCUCAACAAUCAACUGGCGCAAAUGAGACUCGCCGUGUUUCUGAUAGGGAGAGUCCAGAUGAACUACAAGGUGAAGCAACUACCCAACCACUCCCAAAGUCCCUGCGCGCGAAGCAUAAAAACAUCAACCGCAAGGUCAAGGGCGAAGUACAGCAGCUUUCUCCAUCUCGGAAACGUUCGCCAGCCGAUAUUGAACCCACCGAUUUUAUGGGAUCGCCGCGCCAAAGCCCGAAGCGGGCCAAGCGCAACCAGAAGAAAGCAGACGGACGAUUGAUGUCCGUAUCAUCUCUCCGACUUGGCUUCUGCAAAAAGGUCGCGCUGCCAGGCAAGAACGUGUCUUUUCGUCUGGGGAAAGAUAGCAUCGAAGUCGAGGACAUUUCCGGUAUUGGCAAGACCACGACAAUUCUUGCUCGGCAUAUCCAGCACGCAAUCCAAGGACGGGAUCCGAGCUGUAAAGUGCGAAUCCAACUGUCUCAAACUGCCGAAUGGCGGGGUGAUAAGCUCGACAUUGGGUUUUUGUCCGUCCGAGACAAGAACCAGCUGAUGCACAUGUUGCAGGAGGCGCAAAUCAAGAUCCAGAGCAAGGAGAUGGCAUACAUGGACAAAGUUUUUACACUCCAUGAGCGGCAGUGGGAAAAGCACGAUAACCAACCCAAAAAACCACUUUUAAAGGACAAUGCUGCGGAGCCUGUUGCGACGCCUCGCGUAGAGGCCCCGGCCACGUCUGCUUCUGCACGAAAGAAGGUUUCUGCCGCUUUGCAGGAUGACAACAACACGAGCGAGCCGAAAUCGCUUCCCAGAAAGAAGGACACGCAAGAGACUUCUGCACCCGCGGGUCCUGACGACACGUCCCGACAGGUAUCUGAUGACCGGGUUCCCCGUGAUCCGCCAGAAUCAAAACCAGAACCUGCCGUUGAGAUUCCCGUAAAAACAUCACUAUCAAAACCUGUGCCGUCUGCCCGUGAGACACGAUCGGCAGCUCGUCGUUCAACUCGACUUUCCGAACUGCCAGCCGAUAGCGACAUCCUCAAUGACGAUCCCCAACCAUCACCCCUUGACCAUGAUGCCGGUCGAGAGAGAUGGCGAAAGCCCCUGGUGUAUCCCUGGACUGGGAAGAAGAAAGCCGAGGUCAAUCUGGAGGAUCGGGACCGGCUCCGCGAGGGCGAGUUCCUCAACGACAACCUGAUAGCCUUUUACAUCCGCUUCCUUCAAGACCACCUUGAACGUACGAACCCAGAGGCCGCGAGGCGGGUGUACUUUUUCAACUCAUACUUUUUCGAGACACUGAAGAACACCCCGAAGGGCACCCGCGGCAUCAAUUAUGCAGGUGUCGAGAAGUGGACUCGGAGCGUCGACUUGUUCAGCUACGAUUACAUUGUCGUGCCUAUCAACGAGAACGCUCACUGGUACGUGGCUAUUAUUUGCAAUUUGCCCAAUCUGGACCUUGGGCCUGCAACUCCUGCCGAGCGGGCUCAAGUACCGCCAAGUGACAAGGAAGCUUCGAAUCCUCUCGAGAGUGAAAUCCAGGAAAUCCUUGAGACGCCAGAACCCGAGCCAGUGCCAGUGCACGUUCCUCAGGGGCCUGCAGAAGCGACUGCACAGAAGAUCUCUGAAAUUUCGCUCAGCCAACCGCCAGGAUCUCCACGGGAUGGUAAGACUCACCCGUCGGUUGAUUCGAUGGUGCUUGUAGGAGAUGGACAGACGGACCAGGCCGCGCAGGAGGCGCCAUUGCAGGAGGAUGAGUGGCCCGAGGCAGAUGAGUGCCCGAAAUCUUCUCCGAUGAAGUUCCCCAACUUUCCCGCUUCAAAGCGGUCCGCGACUACGCCCCAGCCGGCGCGCAACUCCGCAAAGCCGCGAAUCAUCACCUUCGACUCCCUUGAUCAGGCCCGUGCUCCCACCGUCAGGAUGCUACGCGACUACAUCACCAAAGAAGCAGCAACCAAGCGGGAAGUCGAAAUCGAUAGUUCUGGCAUUAAGGGUAUGCGCGCGCGCCAAAUCCCACUGCAGCCGAAUUACUCCGACUGUGGAUUGUACUUGCUGGCAUAUGUGGAGAAGUUUGUCCAGCACCCCGAUCCGUUCAUCACCAAGACCCUCGAUAAACAGAUGAACGUGGAAACGGACUGGCCUCCGCUGGGUUCGGGGCUCUUACGACACCGGCUGCGCAGUUUCCUGGAUGAUUUGUAUGAGGAGCAGGCUGGCGACAAGACGGACGAUCAGUGGAUCAUGGCUGAUCGACAGCCUGUGUCGUUUCUGCUUGGGCCCUCUCUACCUGCCCAAGAUGAAUCUGUUGAUGACGCCCAAGCGGCAGCGUCCCCUCAACCUGAGGACUCGACUGCAGAUGUUGCUCUGGGGGAGACCGCCAAAGAUGACCGAGUCGAAGUGCAGAUCAAGGGCACGCCGCCCCCCAAGUGA